CAAGGGUCAUCAGUGCAGUAUUAUAUAUCUAUCCAAUACAUGUUUUCACUCACUCGAAGAUCCAAAGCAGAAAAAUUCCACCUUCAUAGCUAAGAAGGAAAAUGGAGAAAUGGAAUCGUGGAAAGAUUACUGGAUCCCUCCCUGUUGAGAACGUGCAGGCUCUCGCGUCGACUUAUAAUGGGUCACACGAAAAUAAGAAUAUCCCCGAGCGAUACAUUAGGCCCGAGAUCGAGCACGAAGCAGUCGAUUGCGUAAAUGGAGUUGAUCUUCCGGUGAUCGAUCUCGCGAGGUUGAAUGAUCCCCAGUUCUAUAAAGAGGAGUCCGCGAAACUUCGAGUUGCUUGCGAAGAGUGGGGUUUCUUCCAGCUCGUAAAUCACGGAGUGCCCGACGAAGUGAUCGACAAAAUGCGGGCCGACAUAAUCGAAUUCUUCAAGCAGCCCCUCGAGCAAAAGAAGGCGUAUUCGCAGCUGCCGAACGGUCUCGAAGGUUACGGCCAGGCCUUCGUUACAUCGGAGGACCAGAAACUGGACUGGGGCGACAUGUUCUUCCUCAUCGUUCGGCCGGUCGCAUCGAGGGACAUGAGAUUCUGGCCUAAUAACCCUCCUACUUUCAGGGACUCGCUUGAAAAGUUCUCACUGGAGAUGAAGGACAUUGCAGGCCGUCUUUUGGAGUUGAUAGCCAAGGACUUGGGAGUGGCAGCAGAGGUGCUGCUUAAUCUCUUCGACGACUUGCCGCAGAGUUUGAGGAUGAACUACUAUCCCCCCUGCCCGCAGGCCGAUCAGGUGUUGGGCCUUUCGCCGCACUCAGACGGUUCGGGGUUGACGCUGCUUCUGCAAGUGAACGAUGUUCAUGGAUUGGAGAUAAAGAAGGGCGGCAAAUGGGUCGCGGUUCAAGCCCUUCCGUGCGCGCUUAUCGUCAACAUCGGAGAUAUCCUUGAGGUACUGAGCAAUGGACGGUACAAAAGUAUCGAGCAUCGGGCCAUGAUAAACACGAAGAGAGAACGCAUCUCAGCUGCUGUAUUCCACAGCACACAUGAGAACUCCAUUGUCGGCCCUCUUCCGGAGCUCGUAAAGGACGGGGAGAUGCUUUACAAAACAGUAGGCUUUCUCGAUUUCGCCAAGUCCUUCUUGGCCGCAAAGCUUGAUGGGAAGAGUCAUUUGGAGUGCAUGAAGAUCGAGAAAUAAAAUUAAUUAGUAUACCUUAUGUGUAGUGAGUGAUGUACGUAGCAGUGUUAAUUUAAUCGUGUGUAAGUUAUGUUCUUUUGCGGAUAAAGUCUAUGUUAAUGUUCAGUAUAAAAAGUGUUAUGUUUUUCUAUGAUCUGACUUAAAGUCUUAAUUACGCGCGCUCCUUAAUAAAUGAUUUUACAGACCUGUCUUUUUUCUUUU